AUGUACAAGCUUCCAUCAAUUGAGGAGUUUAAAUCACAAAGCCCGGAUGUUCAAAAGCAAACACUAGACCAACUCUUUGAGCCUUGUGAUAGCUUAUCCUGGUUUAUUCAGACUUAUGUCUUGCAUCCACCACAUAACCACCAUCACCAUGGAGAAUUCACUACGUAUGGCGAGUUCAUUGAGGUUGUGCGUAGUGAGCUUCACGGGUUUUUGCACUUGGCAGAAUUUGAAUCUUCACGAACCCAUGGUGAGGUCACACCCAUAAUCUCGCACAUCAUUUCUGCACAUCCAAGAUUAGGUGUGCCUAAAAAGACUGCUAAGCUCAGUGAACACUCUAGUGCUGAACAAAAGAAUUUGGCUGCUGGUGAAGGAGAAGAAGCAGAGAAAAUGAAAGAGUUGUUAAUUGAGUUGAACGAAGAAUAUGAGAUUAAGUUUCCUGGAUUAAGAUAUGUUGUAUUUGUCAAUGGUCGGGGAAGGCCGGAGAUAAUGGAAGAUAUGAAGAAGAGAAUCAAGCGAGGCGAUAUCAGUUUGGAAAGAAAGGAGGCGUUUGACGCGAUUUGUGAUAUCGCCUUGGAUAGAGCCGGCAAAUUGGGCGCAAAACUAUAA